AUGAAGAGCACCAAGAUUGCGAGGUCAAGAACGGGUUGUAAAAACUGUAAACGCUUGAAGAUCAAAUGCGAUGAAAAUCGGCCACGUUGCCAGAACUGUAUGAGAAGAAACAACGUUAAUUGCGACUAUAGUAUUGUGCUGAGAUGGGGGUGUGACUCCAACGGGGGGAUAAAGAAGAAACACUUCCUUCCCACUAUGGCAUCUAAGACGACCCCUCGUACCCAACAACAAAUACUUUAUGAAUUGGGGAAUGAUUCAAACGAUGGUGGAACUGAAAAUAAAUAUUCAUUGGCUAAUGAUCUGGGUGCAGCGUCUCCGACUUUAUCUCAAGUUUUAGGAGAACAGGAACAACGGCGCGAUAUCCAACCACUCGAUAAUGAGUUUUCUAUAGAGGUAGGUAACCAACAGAGGGAAGCUAUAACACAUUUUGGGGAAAGCCCUGGAAUACUUGACCUUAUUUUGAAGGACAACGAACCGAUAACUCAAACUACAUUUUUGUCUGAUAUUAAUCUUUCCACGUUGCACCUUCCAAGCCCUUUACCCUCGAUUCUCGUCAAUUCACCAUACUAUAUGGAGUUGUUUGAUUUUUACAUGCGCGAAACGGCGCAUCUGUUUGUACCAACUCCCUCCGCUGUCAAUACCAAUAAUCCAUUCCGUUUUCUAUUGCCUCGAAUGGCCAUGAACUGCCAACCUCUACUUUAUCUUUUGCUUGCCUUCGGAGCAAACCACAAGAGCAAGAAAAUGCGUCAACUACUCACCAAUUCCACCCCAAACCCUCCUUUCUACGAAAUUGGUACUAGCAGCUCGGAGGAGAGCGAUGGAAGGAUGCACGAGAGUAGUAGCAACAGCAGCACAAGUUCUACCGGAAUGUUUACAAACAUUGAAAGGUUAGACCAACAGGUUGAUGAUUAUAAUCUUCCAAAACCAGAUAGAAGCUCGUCCCUGACAUACUUCAAGGGGAGCACAUCAAGAUAUAGCUCAAUUGGCGCAAUCCCUAAUUGCAAACGUGCGUCAACUAGUGACACACUGCUUCAUAAAGCCUUCAAAACUUUACUCAAAUGUCUGAAAAAUGAGUCUGAGAGAAGUAGCAAUGAUACUGUUGCUGCUAUAAUGAUGCUUGCCGCUUUUGAUAUAUUUUUUAGCGAUAAACAAGCCACAUGGAGAAGACAUCUCGACGGCGCUAGAAAAUUGAUUAUGGAAAAUCUAAGAAGUGGGAAAUAUAACAAACUGGACGAAUUGAAUAAUGAAACCGAUCCAGGCGUUUUCAUAAACAAAUGGUUUUUGUAUGUUGAUAUCAUUGGGUCGUUGUCGUCAAUCGAGAAGUGCCUUCCCUUGAGCGCGGUUCCCUCUCACGAGUUUCUUGUUUCACAAAUACAAUAUUAUGAAAAGAAUCCAUCACAGUUACAGAGUAAAAUUGUCGAAAUGAAUGAUAUCGACUACAAUUCAGGUAUGGACCCUAAAAAUUUACUUCUACUCGGGAAAGUAUCUCGCCUCAUCAAUAACAGGAAUGAACUCCAUGAUGCUGGAUAUAUAUCGAUACAGAGGGUGGAAGCUACGCUCGAAUUGGACCACGAAAUCAACAAAAAUGCAAUAUUAUCAGACGAGAAAAGGGACGAAGUGCUACAUUGCUAUUACAAAAAUGAGAUUCCGCAACAGCUAAAGGAAAAAUAUGAAGUUUAUAAAAUAUUGAGGGUCACCAAUUUAAUAUAUGCUUUGAGCGGGUCGUUACAACUGAAAAGAAGAGUACUCAAUAUUUCGAACAACAGUACCAUAAUAACCGAUCUAUUGAUAAAAAUAUCAAAAUUGAUUAGAGAUAAUAUUCCAAUGUGUUCGUCUACAACCACGUGUGUGAUAUUUUGCUUGUUCUGUUGCGGAUGUGAACUCAUUGAGAAGAGCUUAUGGCAAUACAGGAGCAUUUACCUGGAUAGGAUCGAGGCGAUGAGCAAUAUCGGGGUGAGCAGCGCCUUGAUGGCAAAAUUUAUAAUGCAAAAGUGCUGGAGAGACAAGAAGGCUUGGUGGACAGUUUUAGAGGAGGACAAAUUGAAUAUAACAUUUGCCAUCUGA